CAGAACAGUAAAUCUGCCGCCGAGGAGAGCCCCGGCUGUCUCACACGGGCUUCUCCAGAGCCUGCUCACUGACCAGGUGGACAGUUUCCUACCGAAUAUGGCUGCAGACGUCACGUUUUCCCUGGGUCACGAAGAGCCCUGUGACAUUCCUGGGGCAGAGCCAUCACCAUCACCAUCUGAUUCCGCCCAAGGAACCUGCCCUGGGACGCAAGACGGCGACGACUCCAAGAACUGGCACCUGCUCUUCAGAACGUUCAGGUACUCGGAGGAGGCGGGCCCCACCGAGAACCUGCGAAGGAUGGUGCAGCUCUGCCACCUGUGGCUGCGGCCCGACCUGCACUCCGUGGAGCAGAUCCUGGACAAGCUGGUGAUGGAGCAGGUCCUCAUCUCCAUGCCCCCGCACCUGCAGGUCUUAGUCAUGGAGACCGGGGUCAAGACCUGCCAGGACCUGCAGCUCGUGCUGCGGGAGAAGCCCAGGUCGUGGUCUAUAGUCACCUUAGACGGGCAGGAGUAUCUGGUGCAGAAUUCAGAGGGUCAGAUGACUGGAGCCAUGACCAGUGACCUGGACGGCGUGAUAGACUUGACCAGCAAGUGCCAGUCCUCCGCGAGCGCGGUGAAACCUGAGCUGCGGGAACUGCCAGGGACCAGGGACCUGUCAGGGUGGCAGGAAGAAGCCCUCCCGGGGACCGUUCCUGCAGAAGGGGACGCGGCGGGUCUGGGGCCACAGCAGCGCCAGCAGUGUGAGAUGAUGGGAGACACGGAUGAGUCCACAGGACUUACACAGCAGCAGCUCCAGCAUCCGUGGGGGCCUGAUCUGGCGAGGACUGAGGAUGGGAAGAAGCCCAAAGUAGAACCUUCUCUUCAAACCGUCAGCAGCUCCCCCCUUCCCAGCUGUGCUUCAGAGGGAGAGAUUCCAACAUGGAAGUCAGACGGAGGAGACGCUCAGGGUCUGAGGCGGUCCAAGAGAAGGAAAUCCGGCCCCACCUCCGUGUCCCGAGGGGAGUCUCCAGGAGCCACAUAUUUGGCCACCAGAGCACUCGCAGAACCCCUGGCAUUAAAUUCAGCCGGUUCACCCAGCGCUGCAGGACCAGCUGGUCACUCCACUGGCCACCAGGUCCUAGGGCCGCCACUGCAUACGUGUCUGGUGUGCAUGAAAGUGUUCCACUUCCGGUCCCAGUUUGUCAUCCACCAGAGAACGCACACGGGGGAGAGGCCCUACCGCUGCGACUUCUGUGGGAAGGGCUUCAUCCAGCCCUCUGACCUCCGCGUCCACCAGCGCAUCCACACCGGCGAGAAGCCCUACCGCUGCAACCUCUGCCACAAGCACUUCACCCACGAGUCCACCCUGCAGGGCCACCAGAGGGUCCACACGCAGGAGAAGCCGUACGAAUGCACAGACUGCAACAAACGGUUCAGCCACAAGGGGAACCUCAACGUGCACCUCCGCAUCCACACGGGGACCAAGCCCUACGUGUGCCCCAGGUGCAACGGCGCCUUCCGCCAGCUGGGCACUUUCAGACGCCACCUGAAGAUGCACUUGAAAACGGAUUCCGCCUGACACUGCCGAGACCCGCAUCUGCCCCCGAAGGAAGUUGGCAGUGGUCACCUACCUCACGGAAGAAAGUAUGGCACACAGCACUUACCAGGGUCUCUGGCGCACGGUGGACUGCCAUUGCCCUGCAGGAUCCGAAUAAACUUUGUUCUGUUUGAUGU